AUGGGUAAAAAGUGCAUGGUGCAGAGCUGUGGCGAGUACACCAUUCGGCAUUGCUUGCCCAAGAAUGAAAAGCAGGCUUUUCUUUGGUUACAAAGAAGUGGCAAUGAAGACAUGCCAAUAGCAGAAAAAGAAAAUGCUAAAAUCUGUCCAAAACAUUUUAACGAAAAAUGUUUUUUGGAGUAUGGACAGAAAAAACUAAAGAAAGGAGCUUUACCUUCUUUGUUUUUGCCAAAUUACACUGCGACCGGGGAGGCAGGAGAUAACUUUUAUUUUGAUAUACAGGCUUCUACAGGAUUUCAUACCCCGGAAAAAAAAGCAAAGUACGAGAUGCCGUUUACGAGUUGCGAAUAUUCUCCCGUAGGAAAAGUGAUAACGCCACGAAAAACGUACAGCAGAACUACAUCAGUUUUCGAGAAACAGCAGACAGCCACGUCUGCCACAGAUUUGGGAGUCAGCUUCAUACAAUGGGAUGAACAACAGCCUUCCACUUCACGUAUUGAUGACCCAAGGAGUUCCGUUAUCCGUUCAGCUGAAGCAGCGAAGAUGGCCGCCACAACAAAGGAGACCGAGACGUCAAUACAAAACUGGCUAAGGAGAGCAUCGGAGAGGAAAAAUGUUAUAAAGAAAUUAUAA